AUGUCUUCCUCUUCCUCAUCCGACCCCACCAAGGCGACCUCAAGCGUAGACCCCUCUCUGCGCCCUCUGCACGAGGGCCUCUUCAACGCCGGGCUGGCAGUCCGCCGCGCAGUCGUGGGCGACGCGUACGUCGACCGCGCCCUCGCGAACGGCAGCUCCGAAUUCUCGCGGCCCGGCCAGGAACUCGUGACGGAGUUCUGCUGGGGUUACGCGUGGACGCGGCCCGGCCUGUCGCGCCGGGACCGCAGCCUGCUGAACAUUGGCAUGUUGAUGGCGUUGAACAGGGCCCCGGAGUUGGCCGUGCAUGUGCGAGGGGCGCGGAACAAUGGGUUGAGCGAGGAGGAGAUCAGAGAGGCCAUCUUGCACGCCACGACGUAUUGUGGGGUGCCUGCGGGGGUGGAUGCUAUGAAGACGGCGGAGGCCGUGUUGAAUGAUAUGGCGGAGAAGGGGGAGAUGGCGAGGGAGUUGGGCAACAAGAGUAAGGAUGCGUGA